AUGACGACGACAUUGGAACCUGAAUCCCAUUGGGUGGGAUAUGCUGCAGGUCCCCAGCAAGGCCCCUCAGAAGCUGAGCCGGACGCUCCUGUCGAUAAAGAGACGGAGGAGUACCUUGAGGACUUUUUCAAGAAACGCGAUCUUCUCUUGGACUAUGAAGCUAAAGAUGCUUCGCCCGAGUGCAGCACUGCCUCCUCAGGUCUUGACCUCACAUGUUUCUCUGGAGCCUGGCCAUCGUUCUGCGCUCACGUCUCAGCUAGUGAUAACGAAACACUGAUUGAGAAUGUUACCGCGAAGGCGCUGGGGUCUAGCCAUAAAACAAAGCGACAUAGGCACAUAAUAUUGCCGGGAAUGGACUCGAGGGUGAUUAGACGCGAAAGCAAGUGUGAUGGUUACUCGAUAGAAUUCAGUUGGGAACUAGGUUCCAUUGGCGGGUGCGUACAAGAUUGUCUUGGGGCCAUGCCGAAGCUGGCUCUAUCAUGUGGCUUGACCGUUUCUCGCGCAGACGGCAUCAGUGAUAUUGGAAGUCUUGUCGUUGGUUGCGGCAUUUAUAGUUACAGAGUCGUAGGGGACUACCAUCAUACGACUGCUGAUACUACAAGUGGCGUAGCAACAGCUACUGCGACAGCAGAGUCAACUUCUUCGGAAGCAACCACUUAUUCUGGCAGCACGACGUUCACCACCGACGAGGCCACUGUCACCAAAGCGGUGACUACUUCAGAAGAUGUAACUUCAAGCGCAGAAGUUACCGAUGCGAUUCCCACAGUUGAUCCUAACUACCGACCCCUGGUGCAGCAAGACCCCGAAUGUCUCAAGCCAACAGAUGGAGACCACGGAGCUAUUGAUCUAGGUAUAUAA